UCAGCAUUCCUGGCUGGCCCAAACCCUCCUGUGGAUCUCCAUCAAGCUCAGCAGCAUGUCUAUGUCUCAUCAGUGGUGGGUUCCCACCUGAUCUGGCCCUGACCACCCUACCCGAGCUCAGGUCCUACCACCCUACCCCUCACUCACCCUGCCCCACCCGCCCUGGCCUGUGGGCUGGGCCUCUGCACUCGCUACUCCUGCCUGGAACGCUAUCCCAGCCACCUCCCUUCACUCAGGUCUCUGUGCAAACAUCACCUCAUCCACGAGGCCUCCCUGACCCCCUCGGCAUAAAAUUGCACAUCCCCCAUCACUUCAAUCCGCUAUCCCCCUCACCCUGCUUCAUUUCUCUUUAUCACCAUAGGACAAAUCGUCCUUUUAUCUGUUUGGUAUUCAAAAUGCAGCUGUGCAAGAGCAGAGGCUGAACUCUCCAUUGCUGCUCUACCCCAGCACCAAGGCCAGUGUCUGGCAUGCAGUGGGCGCUCAGUGGCCCACAUUUAUGGAUGGAUGGAUAGAAGCACGGAUGGAUGGAUGGAUGGGGAUGGUGGAGCUGGAGAGAGAGGUUCCUUUAACCCUCCUGCAGGAUGAACCCCCUGCCAGAAGACCUGGAGAACGCUCUCAUGGGGAGUCAGAGCUCGCACGCUUCCCUGCGCGACGUCCGUUCCAUCAACCCCACGCAACUCGUGGCCAGGACUGAGUCCUAUGAAGGAAGGGAAAAGAAAGGCAUAUCUGACGUCAGGAGGACUUUCUGUUUGUCUGUCACCUUUGACCUCUGAUUUGUAACGUUACUGUGGGUAACAGAGUUAAAUGUGAAUGGCGGUAUUGAGAACACGUUAGAGAAAGAGGUGGUGCAGUAUGACUACUCCUCUUAUUUUGAUAUAUUUCUUUCGGCGGUUUUUCGAUUUAAAGUGUUGAUACUUGCCUAUGCUGCGUGCAGACUGCACCACUGGUGGGCCAUAGCGUUGAUGACAGCAGUGGCCAGUGCCCUUUUACUAGCAAAAGUGAUCCUCUCAAAGCUUUUCUGUCAAGGGGCUUUCGGCGAUAUGCUGCCCAUCAUUUCCUUCAUCCUUGACUGGAUCGAGACGUGGUUCCUGGAUUUCAAGGUGUUAUCUCAAGAGGCAGAAGAGGAAAACACACACCUGCUAGUUCAGGAUGCCUUGGAGAGGGCGGCACUGAUACCUGGUGGUCUUUCUGGUGGUCAGUUUUUAGGUGAAGAAAUCCGGCGUUGGCUAUCGGUGGCCUUCUGGAGUUUCCUCAAAGGCCAUGCAGGCCCCUCCCACCUGGCCCUCCGUCUCCGCUGCCCCAGUCACCCCGUUAGCCGGCACCAGCCCCGCUUGCCUCCCUCCCGCCCCUCACAUUUCUCCCUGUGUCUUGGAAAGCAACCACUGGUCUUUCGAGACUCAGCUUAA